CCGUUCUGUGGACUGUCCUUUCCUCCCUGUCCCCAGGGUGUGUCUGUGUAUGAUCCGCUUCCAGUCCAUCACCUCUCUGGCUGAAGAUGGCGGAUCGAGCUGAGAUGUUUUCUCUCUCCACCUUCCACUCCCUUUCCCCCCCAGGCUGCAGGCCAUCACAGGACAUCAGUUUGGAAGAAUUUGAUGAUGAGGAUUUGUCAGAAAUUACAGAUGACUGUGGAAUUGGACUGAACUAUGACUCAGAUCACUGUGACAAGGAAGGACUUGGCUUUGGAAGAUGCGAUCCUUCCCGCGCUAUCUGCACCUUUCAGGAGGAUUUCCAGGAAUUUGAAAUGAUCGAUGAGGAAGAUGAUGAAGAGGAAGAGGAAGAAGAGGAGGAACUCCAGCCACAAGAAAGUAAAAAACAAGAUGAGUCACCUCCAUCUCCAAGUCCCUCUCCUCUUCCACCUGAAGAUUUACUGAAAAAUAGGCCAUGCACUCUGAGACUUACUGCCCCUCGCACACAGGACACACUUAACAACAACGGUGGAUUCAUUUCUCAGAGUGACAGCUGGGCAGAUCCUGAGAGAAAUGAGACCGAACUGGUAUCCCAUACCCAGGUUACUCAGUGUGAAGUAGACUCUCACAAAGAAGCUGACAGUUACAACAAUGAAACAGAGCUGGAGAGUAAAGAAGUAAUUGAUGUGUCUACAGUAGCACCUGACACCAAUCACCGUUACAGCUAUGGUGACUCAUGGCCUUCAGAUCCUGAGUUUAGGGUAUCUACACCACCCCUAGAGAAUGUGGAGGAUCUGAGUCCUGAUCAGAGAGAGAGCACACGGGGUCAUCCAUCCAAUUCUUCUAAUGAAACUACAUCUCCAUCUUCAGAUCCUGGAAUUGAGGCAGAUCUCACUAGUCGAAAUAGGUAUGUGCCAGCUGGACACAGCAACCAGGAUCUAAGCUCUCCUGGCUCUGAUUCAGAUAUAGAAGGGGAAAUAGAAGCAGCAUUUGCUUGUGAAGGUGGAAGACUUGUGAGCAACAUGAUCUCAUCAAUAUCAGAAACAGAGCUAGAUUUGACUAGUGAGUCAAGCAGUGGAAGGUCCUCUCACCUCACCAACUCCAUUGAAGAGGCUAGUUCCCCAACCUCUGAUCCAGAACCAGAUCCCAUUGGACAGGGAGGCUUUCAUGGUCUAAAAGAAUCCAUCUUACUUGACAAGGAAGAGGAGAGAGGUUCUAUAAUGAUGGAGCCUGAGGAGAAAUACAGUGCAUGGCAUGUAAAUGAAGAAGGUUUUGGCCAGGUGGAAGCUGAUCAAAAUAAAGAACGUAGUAUGGAAAGUAUUAGAAGAUCCUUUUACUUACCAGUUGGUCCCAAGUUAAUGCCAGAAACAGAUGUACACAGUGAAUAUGACUCAGAUUCAGAAUCUGAAGCUGAUCUGAGUGAAGAUUCAGAUUCUCCUUGGCUGCUUAGUAACCUGGUUAAUAAGAUGAUUUCUGAAGGCUCAUAUCCUAUAACCUGCCCAGACGAAUGCCUUCAGAGGCAGACAAGCCCAUCAUGUGACACACUUUCUCCUGCCUCUGAGUUAGAUCCUGAGACUGUUGGGCCAGAGAUAGAGGCUGACCUUUCCACUCCCAAUGAUUCUCCAAAGGAAGUAGCUGAAGAGCAACAGAGCAUAGAGCUGGUGGAUAUGGAGACUCUGCAACACUCUCUAAGCCAUCAUGAUAGAGAAGAAAGUGGCCCUGGUUUGUAUGUUCUGCAUGAUUCAUGUGACACAGUUACUCCAAUUUUUGAAGGCCUUCCCCUGCAUCUGGAGGGAUUAUCUCAUGCAGCUAAAUGUCGAUCUCAAUCUCCAAGGCAUCUUACUGAAAAGAAAACUUGGUCUAGAACUGAAGAAAUUUUACAGGAGCAAAGGGAAGGCUGGGACAUUGACCGGGACUUGGAUUCUGGAAUUCUGGAAGAUAAUGACCUAUGUGAUGAUCUAUGUCAAGAACUGGACCAAAAUCAGCCAACAAUCGACAUUUCGACAGCCAAAACUAAUCGUGGUUUUAACCUAGAAUAUUCUGUUGAAGAUGAUGAAGGCAUUCCCUAUUACAGAAGCCUGAAGGGUUCUCCCUACCAGAAUUGUGGGGAUGAAGAAUCCUUUUUGCAGAACCAUACAGCUGAAUCACGGCUUAUGGAUGAUUCUUUGGCUUAUGACUCAAUGAAAUAUACACUGGUGGUGGAUGAGCACACUCAGCUGGAACUAGUUAGCCUUCAGAGAUGUACUUCAAUAUUAAGUGAUGGUAGUGACCUCCUGAGAGCUUGCGAUAAUUGUGAUUUGGAGGAAGAUGAAUUUGGAGAUGAAGUUGAAAUUCAAGAACAUGAAUCUUCAUCAGAAGACUCAUCACCAGAGCCCAAUAUGCCUUUUUCCAAGAAGUUCCUCAACGUCUUUGUAAACAGCACAUCACGGUCAUCAAGCACUGAAUCAUUUGGCUUAUUCUCUUGUGUAUUAAAUGGAGAAGAGCGAGAGCAGACACACCGAGCUGUUUUCAGGUUUAUUCCUCGUCAUGAAGAUGAGCUUGAACUGGAUGUUGAUGACCCAUUAUUGGUGGAAUGUGAGGACGGUUCUUGGUGUCAUGGCUAUAACAUGAGAACAGGAGAGAGAGGGAUCUUUCCUUCAUUUUAUGCCCAUGAGGUCGUCUGUCCUGUAAAGGAGAAUGUUGUUCUCAAAGGAAACUCUCCCUGGGUUCAGAUGUUUGAUGUGCAGUUUUUGGGUUCUGUGGAAGUUCCACAUCAUCAAGGCAAUGGUAUCCUAUGUGCAGCUAUGCAAAAGAUUGCAACUGCAAGGAAACUGACAGUACACCUGAGACCGCCCGCCAGUUGUGAACUGGAGAUUUCCCUGCGGGGUGUCAAACUCAUUCUAAGAGGAAAUGACAGGCCAGAGGAUGAGCGCUGCAGUCAUUUCUUCCAGAUGAAGAAUAUUUCCUUUUGUGGUUGUCAUCCACGUAACAGCUGCUAUUUCGGCUUCAUCACGAAACAUCCUGUUCUCAAUCGAUUUGCGUGCCAUGUCUUUGUUUCCCAGGAUUCAAUGCGACGCGUAGCCGAAUGUGUGGGACGAGCUUUCCAAGAAUUCUACCAGGAACACGUGGAGUUCAGUUGCCCCACAGAAGAUAUUUACUUGGAGUAACCAAGGGGUUGUAGAUAUUAAGGGUGGGAUUCUUGGGGUAUAAAUAUAUAUACAAGUCUCAAUGUCAUCAUCACCCAGCCAGGACAGCAGAGGCAAUGAGCCUGCAUGAACCCUGACAUCCCCCAGCCACACAAUCUUUAAUAAGAACUAUAUCAUUUCAUUGGUACAGGACAUCUCACAUUAACCCCUUUCCUACAGCAAACUGCAGAGAAUCUCCUGUACCCCUUCUAUUUCUUCUCACUUUACCCACUCACCUGCUGUAAAAUUGCUAGCACUUUGCAUUAACUCCUGACCAAUUUUGCAGUGCCUCUCAGAUUAAUCCUUUUCUUGCUUUAGACAGUAGAGCAUGUUGGGUUAACAAUUUCCCUAAAUGAUAAUUUAGAGCUUCUAAACUGAACAGCUCAUAUAUUAGAGACUGGGAAGAAUUGAGGUAAUCCUUUCAGGCUCCGAACCAGCAGAGCACCUGAAAUGACCCACAUUCCUUGCCGCACACUUCACUUUAUCUAAUGCCUCGCUGCAGACCAGCAGAGAGUUUGAUGUUAGCUUCCUUUCUAGAGCACACCUUGAGAGCAUGUAUAUGAACCUCUACAGAGCUUCUUUAGCAGUCACCCUGGCAGUUUCUCUGGUAAUGUGCAGGUGUGCCUUUUUUUAAACAUAAAAUAUUGGACAAAACUGCAGCUCAUUACUCUAAAAGCCCUCCUACAUUUUCUGGUACGUGGAUAAUUGUUUUGCUUUUGGCAGUAAGCUGAGGCUCAACACUUUAUCUAUUCUAUGGGUCUCCCUUUUACCAUAAAAGCAAGUACAUCAUAGUCAUUUCUGCUUCCCAUAGCUAAAAUCUGUUUCGUAAACUGUAAAUUGGAUCUCAUUGUUGUGUGGUCAACUAUCAUCCCCAGUACCCAGUGGUCGCUUUAUAAUCUGGAGGACAGAAGCAGCUCUCUUUGAUGACAGAAGUAAGGAGUAGAAGAAUAUUCAUAAAUUACUAAUUUCUUGCUCAUGUUUGUCAAACUUAGUACUGUUGCUGAGAGUAACAGCGUCCGCCAUUACAGUGUAUUCUGUACUGUUACAAAUGUGUGUAAUAGCUGGUGUAUUUGAUGAGAAAAGCAUUAUUUUAGUUGUCACUUGAGAUGAGACAUAGUGAGUUUCUUUGGAGGAGUUCAGCUUCCGUUAGUUAUGAUCAGCAUAUCAUUUGAUAACUGUCCCUCUCACAUGCUAGUAAUCAGCAGCUUUCUGCUUUGUUCCUCCCAUUCGUGCGCUAGCACCUGCCUGUCAUACCCUACUGUUGUUCUGACACUGACCUUUCUAUGCCAAACCUGCAGUGAAGGGGUUAAUGGCAUGAAGAUUCAGACUGUACAGCAUGAAGAUAAUGUAGACACUAGGUGCAUAGAGACUAUACCCUCACUAUAUCAACAGGUGUCGCUCGAGUCGAGUGGCUCCUAAAGUCAUAACAUGAAUAUCAUGGAAAAACAUUCAUGGAAUUGGUUUGUUGAUAAGGGAGAGUUAACAUUUUCUUUAUGUUAAAAA